GUAGUGAACAAGCACCUCCUGCAUGACUUGACCGAGAUGGGUCUUUGGUCUCCAAUUCUCAAGAACAAGAUAAUUUAUGAAGACGGCUCUGUUCAAAAGAUUUCUGAAAUACCAGAUAAUCUAAAAGCAAUUUACAAAACGGUGUGGGAGAUCAAGCAAAAAACACUAGUGGACAUGGCUAUUGAUCGUGGAUGCUACAUCGAUCAAAGCCAGAGCCUUAACAUCCACAUGGAUCAACCUAACUUUGGAAAACUAACAUCUCUGCACUUCUACGCUUGGUCCAAGGGUCUAAAAACUGGCAUGUACUACCUGCGAACCCGUGCUGCUGCUGAUGCUAUCAAGUUUACUGUGGAUACGUCUCUUCUCAAGGAUAAGAAACCAGCAGAGGAAGAGGAUGUUGAAGCCAAGAUGGCACAAGUUGUUUGUUCCUUAAACAAUCGAGACGAGUGCAUUGCAUGUGGAAGUUAAAUUCUACUGCAUAAGACCUUAUAUUCACAUAUCUGGCUUACCAGCUGAAGUAAUUGCACUCUUGGGGCUUACACCUGCAAGCUUUCCUGCCAAAAAAUUGGAUGUUAUGGGCUUAAAUAUACUGAUAACUGCACAUGUUCUAACCGUAUUGCUUCAAAACUUCUCAUCUGAAGUAGCACUGUAUAAAGCUUGCUUAUUUACAUAUUACUAGUAUGUCUUUUUGUGCUUGUAAAACGUGUUCAGUCCAGUGUAAAGAUACUAGUCGUUGUUCUAAUCGGCUUACUUUUACUAGCUAUUAUCUCCAUAGCUAGUAGAUUGAGAAA